CAUAUGUUUUCCCAGAAUAAAGAUUAAAUAUUUUAAAAAGAUCAACGUGAUUCAUACGAUUAAGAGUCCUUUGAACUCAGAAUAAGAACAACCAAAAUCUCAAUUUGGAUUAACUAAGUGUACAUUGAAUUAAGGCUGUCAACUUCGAUUUUCAACAUCAAUUAAGCAAUAAUCUGUUACAGUAUUCUGUGAUUGAUAAGAGCAAAAGCCAUUAAACAACAGCUGCAGAAAAUUUCGCGCCAAUCGAAAUAGUACAAUGUAAACAAUCACAGUGAAUAAUUCAAUAACAAAGAGCGAAGUCGUAGCUGCAGUAAAAUAAUUAUUUCAUCUUAUCUGGAAACAGCUCUUAAAAGUGAAGUGACGGCGUAAUUAAAAUUGUGUUUAUGGUUUAGAUUUGUUUAAACUCUUUUCCUACCGCAUUAAAAAUCAAACCCUGCAUUAGGAUCGUCAAAAAUGUUGGAGCUGGAUAAAAUUUUGGAAAAAUGCGGCGAUUGUCAUCGCUUACAGGCGAUUAUGUUGCUGCUAUUUUGCAUCAUCAAUUUGCUAUCGGCGCUGCAUUACUACUCACAAACAAUCAUAAGCUUCGUGCCGAAAUAUUGGUGCCUUGAUGGCUACACGGAUCCUAUGGAUGCCUAUGCGGAAGCUAGCAAGCAGUCGGACUCAUCAUGCCAUCCACAUCGGUUGGCAGCUGAGGAUGAUGAUUUGGCGCCAACGAAUUUUUCAGCAGUGUGCCAGCACUUUGACUAUGAAUUGUAUAUGGGUUAUCAGAGCUUCACUAGCGAACUGAAUUGGAUUUGUGAUCGCGCGUGGCAAGCAACGCUGGGACAGUCGAUGUUUUUCGUUGGCUCAGUGGUGGGCAGCCUGCUCUUUGGUUUUCUGGCAGACAGUUUGGGUCGCCUGCCCAUCUUGAUUGUUGCAAAUAUUGUGGCCAUGGUUGGAAAUUCUCUAACGGUAUUUGGCACAACGCUGCCAACAUUUUCGCUAUUUCGCUUCUUAUCCGGCAUGGCGACAGAUAGCAAUUUCGUUAUGAUGUAUAUUUUGGGCUCUAAGACACGGCCUUGUUCAUAUAUUGCUGCGGCAACUAGUGUCACUUUAUCACAACUGCUAGUUUAUCCAAGCGAUCCUUUUGAAAUCGAUGAAUCAAUUAUGCUCUGGAAGGAACAUGUUGGCGUUGAAAUUUCACUAAGUUAG